GAGAUUUCUUUUCCACUCUAGCUACCACCUCCUUUCUUGACUUCUUCUAUGUGUCCUUUAUCUAAUAUCUUAAGGGAUCUGCCCAUAGAAGAAAGAGACUUCCAGAUAAAGUUGGUUUCUGCCGGGAACUGGAUUGGAGGAAGAGAGUGAUCAGAAGAUAAGAAGGGAUUGUGGGGGUAUGGCAAUGCCAUGGGGCUUGGCUGUGUACAUAAUGAACAUGGUGUGGAUGAUUCUCGAUGGCUGGAUCGCAUCGUGUGUGACGGUCGCCGAUGAGAUUGCCCGGGCACUCAGGACCGGCGAAAUCGGUCCCUUCCCCGUCGCAUGAAUACCUGAUCAUUACCAAGCUCUGUUCAGAUAGAUUGGUUGCAUUACAACAAUACCUCAAAAUGAAGAACAGACAUUGCUUGUGAGAUUUUUUUAUCAGAAAUAAAUAAUAAAGUCAACCAUGCUGCUCAUUGAUGGGAGCCCACGAACUGAUUCAGCACAGAUGGUGAUGACAUCUUCGAAGAAGGCUUUCAAAAAGAUCAUGAAGUCGGUGUUAACCUGUUCUUUUUAUUUAUUUUUUUAUUUUCUUUUUAUGUAAAGAUGGGCGUGUAAGAUGGUGCUUAUUCCCUUUAUUUUUUCAAUUAUUCAAAAUACCAUCCAAUAAGCAAAAAAUAAUAUAAGCUUAUUGGCUGGCUCUAUGUGGUCUUUUUUUUUUUUUUUUUUGGGAUAAGAAAAAAUUGUGCUUAAUAAAUAUGUGGAAUUUAUAUGGUCCAGGUUAUAACGUAAAUGUCCCCAUAUAAAUGAAUCAUACAAAAGAUCAUUAGGAGUGGCU